AAGCGUAGCGUAACGAACGUCUUAAAUUUCGAGGUUAUUUUUUUUAAGAGAUACCAAAAGUUAAUGAACUAAUUUAUAAUGUGCCUAUUUAUACUUUUAUGUUACUUCAGAUAUAAGAAAAACACCUCAAGCGCGUGGAAGAUCUAUUAACUUGGCAUUGUCGAUACGCGGAAGGAGGGCGCUCAAAGAUGUCGGCCUUGAGCAGCACAUGAUUGAAAACCACGGUAUCCCCAUGGUAGGAAGGAUGAUACACAGUCUCGAUGGAUCCACUUAUGUAAUACCUUACGACGCCCGGACUAAUCAGUGCAUUUAUUCAGUUGGAAGAAAUUAUCUUAAUGGCCUUUUGCUUAAAGAAUCAGAGAAUUAUGAUAAUGUUGAGAGAUAUUUCAAUCACAAGCUGGUUGAAGCUAAUUUGAAGAACGGAUCAUUAACAUUUAUAAAAACAACCUCUAAAGAGAACAUAACCGUUAACGCCGACUUGAUCAUUGGUGCCGAUGGAGCUUUCUCAGCAGUACGCAAAGCUAUGAUGAAACAGCCUUUAUUUGAUUACAGCCAACAGUACAUAGAACAUGGAUAUCUAGAAUUGUGCAUACCGGCAGACGAAAACGGUGGUUUUCAGAUGCCACCGAAUUACUUGCACAUCUGGCCCAGAGGGACUUUCAUGAUGAUCGCUCUGCCGAAUCAAGAUUGUUCUUGGACAGUGACGUUGUUUAUGCCAUUUACUAAUUUCAAAGAACUAGAUUCACAGGAGAAGCUUCUAGAAUUCUUUGAGAAAUAUUUUCCUGAUUCCGUACAAUUGAUAGGACAGAAGAAAUUGAUGGAGGAUUUCUUUGCCGGUUCACCAUCUCCCUUGGUAUCAGUUAAGUGCCGUCCUUAUAAUGUUGAUGAUAAAGCAUUGAUCAUUGGAGAUGCAGCACAUGCCAUAGUUCCAUUUUAUGGGCAAGGGAUGAACGCUGGCUUCGAAGACUGUACUCUCUUAGAUCAGCUUCUUCAGAAAUAUAACGAUGACCUGUCCUUUGUCCUCAAAGAGUUUUCGGAUAUGAGGUGGAAAAAUACAUAUGCAAUUAGUGAUUUGGCAAUGUAUAACUACAUAGAGAUGAGGGAUCUAGUAACUCGGCCAUCGUAUAGAAUUCGUAAGGCUUUCGACGACUUAAUGUUUUGGGCUUUCCCCAACUUUUGGGUGCCUCUGUACAAUUCGGUGACGUUCACCACGAUGCCUUACAGCCAGUGCGUUGAGAACAGACGUUGGCAAAACAAGGUUUUGUUCUCUAUAAUCAUAGCUUUUAUGGUGUGCACUACGUUUGGAUGGUUUUAUAGCCGGAAUUAAAUCACCAUUUGUAUGCGAUAUUAAUCUUUGCACGAAAAAGGUUAGUUUCAUUGAAAAUUGAUGGUUUUUAAGAUGUGUUAUUUGAUUUUGUUUUUAUUUUGAAAUAAAAUGUUAUGAAUUCAAGGUUAAUUAUAUUUAUAUGGUGUAUAUAAAUUAUGGUGAUUAUAACAAAUUUAAUUGAUGUGUUUUAUUCUUAAAUAAAUUAUUUAUUUUAUUUACUAUUCAACAUAAUUCUUUAAGUAGUCAGUGUUCGUUACUAUCCCUAGUGUAAUUGAACAACGCAAUGGUAAGAAUUAGAAAGAUAGUAAAGGCAAAUGAAGAUUGAAGAAUUUUACUUGUUUCUUAUAUUUUCACGCGCACUAGGUAAUGCAUUGCCAAUGUUAAUUUAUAUGAUGAGGCAUGCUCCGCUUAGGCAUGCUUAGGCAUGCUCCAUUGGUU